AUGAUGGAGAAUCUAGAUAAGGACAAAAUAACGACGGCAACCCAUCUCCCUCCUCUCCCAAAAGAGCGAUUAUCCUUCCCCCACCGCCUAAACUGUUUCCUUCAACUUUGGCUGUUCAAACUCCUCGCCUCCCUCUACUUCCUCUACCUCCGCCUUGUCAACCCCCCUCAAACAACCACCCAACCAACACUGACUAAGCGCUACGCCUGCCGCCCGACCCUAGAAACCCGCAUCUUCUACCCGCGCUCAUAUGACUCCGCCAAACACCAACUCCUCCCCCUCUACCUAAAUAUCCAUGGCGGCGGCUUCGCAGUAUGCGAUGCGACCGUCGAUGAUACCUUCUGCAGCUCCUGGGCAAACCGCACUGGAAUGCUAGUCGUCAGUCUCAACUACCGCAAGGCGCCGCACCACCCUUUCCCAACAGCCACAUUUGACGUUGCCGAUGUAGCUAGGUGCGUUCUAGCAGAUAAAUCUCUCCCAGUCGACCACUCGCGCAUUGCAAUUGGCGGUUUCAGCGCAGGGGGUAACCUCGCACUAUCUGUCUCGCAAUUUCCCGGCCUGAAAAGGCUGAUAAAAGCAGCGGUGGUAUACUACCCCAUCGUGGAUUUUUGUCACCCACCCAAUGUAAAGUUAGAUUCAAGGCCGUACAAGAAUGGUCCGAGGGAUAGGCUGGAAAAGGCCUCCUGGUGGCUGGACUGGGGGUAUGUGGAUGCAGGACAGAAUCGGAGAGAUCCAUUGCUUAGUCCGGUGUAUGCGGGGAAGGAUGAACUCCCGCCGUGGAUCUAUAUGAUUGGGGCGCAGUGGGAUAUGCUCCGACUAGAAGCACAGCAGAUGAUUCAUGGGUUGGCCGGGCUAGAGGAUCGAGUCGGAGUUCAGCAAGAGGAAGACUUUGAGGUGGGUAGGUAUAAAUGGACGUUGGCGAUGGGGUGCCUGCAUGGCUUUACCCAUAUGUCCCCGCGAAAGAAGUGGAGUAACAGCAGGAGGACUAGGGAGGAAGCUACGCAGAGGAUUUAUGACGAGGCCCAUCAGUGGUUGAAAAAGUCUCAGGUUCUUUCUUAG